CGGUCGCUGUGGUUUCCAUGCGCGAUUUUCCCGCGCUCUCUGCUUUCGCGUUUUCACCUUCUGUGGAAUAAUGCUGCAUCUGUUUCGCUGAAAUCACGGCGCUCUUUGCCAGCGGUGAAAUGUGCUAUAGAUUUCGCUGUUUACCACAAGCUGGUUUCGCUGGUGUGUGCGAAAGGAACUAACGGAUCGAUUCUACUGCGCCAGUGCGGUAUUUUGGCGAUUUCCACGCUGUGCGCCUUGAACUCACAUGCUUCUAGUGCCGAACCGCUGGAUGUGAUCGUCACUGGAGUGCUCUUACGAAACAGUGAUGUCGUCGCAAAUGCUAAACUUGCGGGGUGUGACAAUUCACUUCCCGCAUGAGCCGUACGAUGUGCAAAAGAAGUACAUGGAAAAAGUGAUAGAAUGUCUGCAGACUGGCGUGAAUGGCAUCCUGGAGAGCCCAACAGGAACGGGAAAAACACUUUCACUAUUAUGCUCAUCAUUAGCCUGGCUUGAAGAUCACAAAGCAGCAAUUCAACUGAGCGCUGGACAGCACCGGUUGUCUGACGUGAACUCGUCGGGAUUCCUGUCGCAACUGCAACAUCUUUUUGAUCAACAGGAAUCGGCAAAUCGACCAAGUCCUAUGUGUCCCAAGAUUAUCUACAGCUCAAGAACUCACUCACAGCUGUCACAAGCCAUUAACGAGUUAAAAAAGACGAACUACAAAUAUGUGAAGUCCGUAGUCUUAGGUUCCCGAGAUCAGUUGUGCAUCAACCCAGAGGUGCAGAGACUGCAAGACAAUGCUACGAAAUUGCGGGUUUGCCGACAUAAAGUAACGACAAGGACUUGCCCCUUUCACUUGAACUAUGACACCAAAAUGACAAGGUCCGAGUAUCAAGACACUCCUGUAAUGGAUAUUGAAGACUUGGGCAAGCUUGGCAAAAAAUUUGUCUGUUGCCCGUAUUAUGCGGCCAAGACACUAAAAGGGAAAGCCGACAUUGUCUUUAUGCCUUACAAUUAUCUUGUCGAUGCAAAGUCACGAAAGGCACAUGGUGUUGAGCUAGAAGGAAAUGUGGUCAUAUUUGAUGAAGCUCACAACAUAGAAGGCAUGUGUGAAGAGAGCAUGUCAUUCCAGCUCCUCUCAUCGGAUUUGGCAUUGUGCAUAAAGGAAAUAACUCAUGCAGCAGACCUGAAACAGCAGAAAGAGACUGAAGCGGCUGCUGGAGUCGAAGGAGUUGAUCCAGAUUUCACAUUGCUUGAUGUGGCUAAGAUUAAAGCUAUUUUGCUUUCCCUUGAAAAGUGUGUGGAUGAACUGCUUAUGCAGGUGAAUGGAGAAUCAACAACAAAAUCUGGAGAUUUUAUGUUUACCAUGCUGAAAGGAGCGGGUGUUAGUCGACAAAACAAAGAUGAACUUAUGGACCUCCUGGACAAAAUUGUUUCUUUCCUUGAAGUCAACGCAGUUGGAGCAUUCAGUCCUAGAGGUGUAGGCCUGAACCGCCUGAUAACUAUUCUCAGCAGCCUCUAUUCUGUUGAGGGAGAAGGCUUGUCAGUAGAGUUGAUAUUCAAGACUAAGUUUAAGGUUCACAUCCAAAAAGAUGUGAACAAGAAAAAGAAGGGAUCUCAGGAUGUCUGGACUGUUCCCUCAACCAUGCCCAAAAAGCUCGAUUGGUGUCUUAAUUGUUGGUGCUUCUCACCAAGUGUGAGUAUGGACAACCUCUUAAAGCAGGGUGCCCGCUGCAUUAUUCUAACUAGUGGCACACUGUCUCCACUCAGUUCAUUUGCAGCUGAACUGGGUAUUCCAUUCCCUGUACAACUGGAGAACCCACAUGUUAUUAAGGAAGAACAAAUCUAUGUGUCUGUGCUUAGCAAUGGUUAUGAUGGUCAAAUCUUGAAUUGCAGCUAUGAGAACAGGAACAAUCCUGCCUACAUAGGUUCUCUUGGUAGAACACUUUGUAAUCUUUGCAGGAUCAUUCCAGGGGGUGUAUUGCUCUUCUUCCCAUCAUAUGCUGUCAUGAGAAAUUUUGUUGAGGCCUGGACUUCAAAUGGAACCAUGACUUCACUUGCACUUGUCAAACCAACAGUUAUGGAAGUCCAGAGGAGUACAGACUUUUCCUCACUCAUUCAAGAGUAUUGUGAAAAUGUGGACUCACCUGAAAAAAAGGGUUGCCUUCUUAUGGCAGUGUGCAGGGGACGCAUGAGUGAGGGCAUGGAUUUCACAGACCAGUACGCUCGUGCAGCCAUCAUAGUUGGCUUUCCAUUACCCCCUUGCUUUGAUCCCAGGGUUCAGCUUAAGAAGCAGUAUCUUGAUGAGUCUCCAUCACGCACUGUUUUCUCUGGAAACGAUUGGUAUGUGCUGCAGGCAACUAGAGCAGUCAAUCAAGCUGUUGGUCGUGUCAUACGCCACCAGCGUGAUUUCGGUGCAAUCUUGUUCUGUGACAAGCGUUACAGUGAGCCACGAAAUCUGAGUCAGUUAUCAAAAUGGGUGAAAGAGAAAGCCAGGCUACGUUCUAGCUUUAGUGUUGUCCUGAAAGAGCUCUCUGUUUUCUUCAGAGCUGCAGGUGUGUCAAAUGAAAGCAACAGAGCUACAGGAAAAAUGCUGGUGGGCUCAAGAAAUGGAAAUGCAUUUGGAAUCCCAUCAAAGGAAAGCACACCGAAUUUGAGAAGCCUCACAUUCUCUGGACAGCCAGUGGCUGACAAUGAUGAAAAUGUUUUGAAGACUUACCUGGCCAGCAAGGGGGGGCCCACCAAGGAACAUUCACAGUCACAAGACAGAGGCCAGCAAGGACGAAACUUAUUUGAUGUCCUCAACAGCAGUUCAGCAUCAAAGGCACUGGACUUUUGCAGCCUCCGCAAGGUCAACUUCAGAAGCACCGAUGACAAACAGACGGAAGAACACUAUAUGCAGAAUCCCAAAAAACGGAAACUUUUUGUGCCACUCAAGGGAAUUGGACCUCCCCAGUCUUCUGCUAUUUGUGAUGGUGCUGGCACAUCUUACGCUAGGGGUUCAGAGUCAUCAAAGGAUAUUUGGAAGUCUGUCUUGGCGUCACUUAAGAAGUGUCUAAAUGAUAUUGACUACAACAGUGUUUGCAUCAACAUGAAGGCAUACCUCAGAACUAAUGACUCUGAUGCACUUGCACAGUCACUUGGUCAGUGUCUGCUGGACGUUCCCGACAGAGAUGAACUCCUUGCCUGCCUGGCAAGAGUAGUUACAUCAUCUCAAAGAGAGGACUUUGUAGCAAAAUGCCGUGCUCACUGGUGAAGUGAAAUAUGUGGUGAUGUGAUGAAGUACACACGCCUCAUGAUUAUCAUAUUAAUAUACCUCAUGUACGUUCCCAAUUGAUGCAAGUUAACAUUGUGCCCUGUGAAAUAAUGCCUUAGUGUCUCUUCAGAAAUCACAUUAUAGUAAUCGUAUAUCGUAGUUAGAGCUUUGAUAGCCCUUAUAUCAGCAUUGAAGGCCUCCUUUUUUCUUUUAGCGUGCAUGGGUGAUGCUGCAUCGGGGUCAGAAAGGACUCAUUGCAAGAACUUGCUGCAUGUUUGUGUUUGUCAAAAAUAAAGUAAAUCGUGUUCCUUUA